AUGGACCCUUCUGAACCGCCCCUUAACAAACCACUUACGGAGAAAGAUGACGGCGAGAAACCUGUGGUAGUCGGGCUCUACGGAUUGCCGGGUUCGGGCAAGUCGUUCCUUUUAAAGGAGCUGCGGAAGUACCUGAGCCAUGCCGAUUUCGACUUUUACGAAGGAUCUGAGAUGAUUGCGUCCCUGGUCCCCGGCGGACUGCGAGAGUUUUAG